AUGGACGCCGGCUGCCUGUGGGCCCGCAGCCUCCUGCUCUUCCUCGGUUACCUAUUGCAAGCCAUCCUGAGCACAACAGUGAUCCCGUUAUGUGGGCCUGGUGAAAUGGAGAACUGCACAACAGCACUCAUCCAGACAGAAAACAGCCCACGUGUGGCCCAAGUUGGGAUAACGAGAUGCAAGCCUGAAAUGAAGGACUACUGCUUCCAUGGGCAGUGUGUGUACAUCGUGGACUUGGAUGAGCACUACUGCAGGUGUGACGUGGGUUUCUCGGGGGUGCGCUGCGUGCACUCGGAGCUGGUGCGGCAGCCCCUCAGCAAGGAGUACGUGGCGCUGACUGUCAUAGUGGUCCUGCUCUUCCUCGCUGCCCUCUCCCUCGCUGCCUACUACAUCUGCAGAAGGUACCGCAGCAAGAGGAGACAGACAAAUGCCAGUGAAUACAAGGAAGUUGGUGCCCUAUAGGAGAAGCUGUGGCUUCCUGCAGUGUUCAGUUCAUCUGGAUGGACUCAGCACCUACAUGUCUAUUUAAAUGUUAUUUUUGUUAAUAAUAUUUACAAUAUUUAUAACCUGUAAAAAAUUUCAAUUGUUUGGUGAUUCAG